GGCCACCACGGCGGCAACCACCACAACAAUGCCGGCGGUGCCAUGACCCCCGGCCACCACCGUGGCGGCCACCAUGCUCCGACUGAGGCACCCAACGUCCCUACCAGCGAGCCCACCAUGCCGACCGAGGCGCCUGUGCCUCCAACUGAGGCCCCCUCGGAGCCCGUCGACGUGCCGGGCACCCUGGCCCGGGUGUGGUCGGCCCUGGCCCAGGACAGCCUGCGCGCCACCGACGCCACCACCGGCCGCCACCCGAUCAGCCACCUGGCCGGGCUUGGCGACCAGCUGGCUGGGCUGCUUGAGCGUCAGCUGAAGGCCGAGGAUGCCGCCACCCCCGGGAUCAUGGGCCAGGAGGAGCAGGAACAGCUCCAACUCCUGUCCAUGCGCGUGCUGCUGCUUUCGUCCAAUGGAGGCUCCGGCACCGGGGCCGGCGGCGUGCCGAUUGCCGCCGGCCGGUCUACCGAGCCGGCUCUCGAGCGGGCCCUCAUCGAGACCCUCGCUCGGAAGCGCGCUGCCCGGGCCCUUGCCCAGGCCCCCGGGUCGAUGCGCGGCCCGAUGCCCCCGCCGCAAAGCAAGCUCCCGCCCGGAGUCAAGCUCCCCCCGGGCGUCAAGAUCCCCAGCCAGCUGCCCAAGGACUUCCCCAAGGAGCUGCCGGAGGAAAUGCCCACCUGGCCCCCGGGCCGGCCCAAGCCCACCAUGCCGGAGGAGAUGCCCACCUGGCCCCCGGGCCGGCCCAAGCCCACCAUGCCCCCGGGGGUCAAGGUCCCGGAUUGGGUCCAUGAUCUGCCGGUCCCCUCGGGCUGGCCGAAGCCCGGCGCCGCCGGGGCCCCGGACUACACCGACCCCAAUGUGCCCUUCCCCAUGCCCACCUGGGGAGAUGGUGAUGGUGAUGACGGCCUGCAUGCCACCGCCACGGCCGAGGAGUGCCCGGCCCCGGAGGUCGGCACCCUGGCCGACCAGAUGCUGGCCAGCCGGGCCGCUGCCUUCACUUUCAUGAACCAGGCCGUGGAUUAUGUCAUGGCCCACCGCCUGCCCUGGAUGUACCAGGAGACCCAGCAAACGGCCGACCAUUUGCGCCAAGAUGGCCUCGUGCUCGGGAAGUUCCUGUGCCAGCUCUUCCCGCCGCUGCCGACCCUGCCGCCGCUGCCGACCCUGCCGACCCUCCGGCCGCGCAUUGGCCCGACCGAGCCGCCGACCCCGCCGCCCCGCUUCCGGCCCUUCCAGCCGACCCCGGCCCCGACGCAGCCGCCCCGGCCGCGCUUCGGCCCCGGCUCCCGCUGGCCCACCACCAACCAGGACGCACCGGAGGCCACCACGGCCGAUGACCAGCAGCCCGGCCUGGAUCCGCGCCAGCUGGCCCGGCCGAUGCUGCGUGCCAUCCGCCAGCGCGUCGGCCAGGGUGGCCUGACCGCCACCGAGAUCGACGCCCUGACCCUGGUGGCCGAGACGGCCGCCCGGGUGGGCGAGCAGCGUGUCGCCCGCAUGGCUCGCAUGGCCCUGGACUAUGCCCUGGUCGAGCGCAUGGCCGGCGGCCGGUUCAUGUCGGUCGCCGACCCGGCCCCGGGUGAUGCGGUGGCCUGGCUGGUGGGCGGGGCGGCCACCGUGGCCGAUUGCGGUGCCUCCUCCGUCGGCGCCGGCACCCAUGCCCCGGGCGAGACGGCCUCCUGCCUGCUGGAUGUGGAUGCGGUGCGCGUGGGCUCCGACUCGCUGGCCAUCGCCCUGGCCCAGCGGGCCGGCGUCUACUGCCCCUCCAGCGACGUGCUGGCGGCCAUCGCGGCCAGCGCUCGCAGCACCGGGGCCUCGGUGGUCUUCGCGUCGUCCCGGCGCCAGGACACCAACCCCAGCGGCGUGUCGGUCCUGGACCCGGCCGCCGUCGGGCCAGCCACCUCGGCCGCGGCCAUCUUCCUGCCGCAGAGCUACGCCAUCGAUGCCUAUGUCCUGGGCAAUGAGAAUGCCGCGGCCGAGGUCGUGGUGGCCGGCGACUCGGUCCAGUCGUUCGCCCAGCUGCUGGACUCGGCCGCCGCCGUGGAUGGCGCCCUGCGUCGACUGGACCACGAUGUGUGGGCCCAGAAGGCCGACAAUGAGCAGUAUGCCGCCAUGCAAGCCAUGCUGACGGUGGCUGGCUCCGGCAACACCGGGGCCGGCAAUGCCCAAGCUGUGCCGAUCUCCCCGGCUGCGCGGUUCCUCUCCGAGCAGAUGAAGGGCCUGCGCCUGGUGUCGGAAAACCUGUCGGCCCUGGUGCGCCUCGGGGCGCAGCGCCUGCAGCGCGUCGGCCAGGGGGCCGAGGAGGCGGCCUGCCCGCCGUCGCCGCCCCCGGCAUCGGCCAAGGCCGGAGCCAACAACCCCGGCAACAAGGACACCGCCCCGCCGCCGAGCGCCGGGCGCCUGCUGGACAGCGGCAGCGUCAGCACCUUCCGUGCGGACAGCGUGCGCAUCCAAUCCCCCGCCUACGAGGCAUCCCAGCGGGUGCCGGUGCUGGCCGGGGUCCUGGUGGCCGCGCAGUUGGGCGACCGUGCGCGUGGCUUCGCCGACGUGGCCCUCCUGCAGCAGGUGGCCUCGGCCCAGCAGGCCGCCUGCCCCGGCAACAAGGGUGGCAAUGGCGGGGGCGACCCUGACAAUGGUGCCACCGACCCGCCGGCCGCUCGGACCCUCAUCGAGCAGCAGGGCCGCGUGGUGCGCGUCCUGACCGGCGUCGAUGCCGACACCCUGGCCGAGGGAGUCCUGGCCGGGGCGGACGUGGCUUCCGCCGCUCGCGCGGGGGAGGCCGCCGACCGGGUGCAUGUCCUCCCCUCGAUGGAGGGCCUGCUCCGGAGCCUGGUCGAGGGUGCGGCCGAAACCCUGCCCGGGAGCACCGCCUCCGCGGCCGCCACCAAGAAGCAGGCCACCACCAAGGACAUGGUCGAUGAGACCCUGGCCGAGCUGAAUGCCUGCCCGGGCCACGGUGGCGGAGACACGCCGCCGCCCUCGCCGCCGCCGGCCAAGCUGCUCCUGCACUUGAACACGGCCGAUCUGGACGAGUUCACCAUCGACCACUCGUCGGUGGCCGUGCUCAAUGGCUGGGCCCUGGUGCGCAAGGGCGACGGUUACCUGGCCAUCUUUGCCGAUGGCGGCCUCGUCCGCAAUGAGGAUGGCCUGUUCGAAGCGGCCAACGGCGAGGACAGCAGCCUGCAGACGUGGCUCAUCGUGGCCGGGUCGCGCGUGCUGGAUGGCAGCUAUGCGGCCUUCACCGAUCGGGUGGCCAGCCUGGCGGCCGAGAGUGCGGCCGCCGGGGCUCGCGCCGCGGCCACCCGCCGCACCGACCUGCCCAACCUGCCGGCCCUGCGGAUCUCCCGCCAGCAGACCGAGCAGACCAAGUGCCUGCGUGACAACAAGUGCAUCUCGGUGCUCGAGCCGCUUGCGGCCCUGCUCCGGUGCACGGUGCCCAUUCCCCUGGUCAACCCGAUGCCCCCGUGCCCGAUGCGCCUGAAUGUCACCAUGCUCGAGGAGUGCAUCAUCAAUUGCCAGAGCCGCUUCGAGCGUUUGGCCAUGCUGGACUUCGCCUGCCGGGCCAACUGCUUCCGCAUUUCGACCAUCGAUGAGGCGGUCGUGCGCGUCAGUGACCUGGAGCGCAUGGCCGAGGAGCGCCAAAUGGAGAUGGACCGCUUCCUGGCCGGCGAGUCGACCGGGUCGGCGCUGAGCCAGACCGAGGCAGAUCGCGCCCGGGCUGUCGGCCGUGUGUACCAGCAUCUGGUGGACGCCUUCGGCAGUGGGGCCAACGCGAAUGCGUCGGCCGCGCUCGGUGUCGGGUCCGGCCGUGUCCGUGUCAGCUCCAAUGUUGGUCGUGCGGCCGCCGGCACGCGGAAGGCCUCUUCCGCCGGGGCUGCUGCGGGUGCCUCGGCCACGGCGGCCGGCCUCGACCAGGCCGUCGAGGCCAUGUUCGAGUGCCCCGCGUCCAAGCCGACCGACGCGCCUCCUCCCCCGGCGGCCAAGACCAUCGGCCAGCGUGGCGCCGCCGCCGCCGCCGCGACCGAUACCAUUGCUGACCAGGGCAACUUCGUGACGCGCUCCUGGCGCUCGAUCCUCAAGAGCACCCUCGGCACCACCGACCAGCAGCAGCAGCAGCAGCAGCAGCAGCAGCAGCAGCAGCAGCAGGCCCAGCAGCAGCGCCAGGGUGCCCCUGUGGCGCCGCUGUCGGAGGGCGGGCGCCUGGUCCUGGACUUUGGUCGUGUCUAAAAGGCAAGCAGAGAUGCCCUUAGGGGGGGGGAUGUACGUAGGUGAUGCCGCCUCGGGUGUCAACGUAUGAACGAGCAAAUGUGCACGCCCAUGCGCAAGCAUGUGCAUGCUCCUAUUCUCCGUGUCCAGCGGCCGGCCGGCCGGCAGGCGGGGAAGCAGGUUGGCUACCACAUGCCCGCCGGCUCUCGGCCCCCGGGGCGCCCCUCCCCGGUGCACCGGCCGCGCCUUGUUUUAGCUUCGUUUUCUUUUCCUCGAAUUUCUUUCCCGUUCCAUUGUUUUUCUCCCUCUUUUGCGCCCUGCGUGCAUACCUCCGGUGUGGUGUGGAGGGCAUGUGCGCGCGUGGGUGCCUGUGUGUCGUUCCUCUCGAAAGUCCGAGAGCCCGAAUAAACAGCUUAGUUACCGAGCAGAUAGUCGCCCAUAAUGCCAGCGAAAGGGGAGGGGGAGGGGGAGGGGGCGCCAGAUGUGGUGCUCCAGCCAGGAAGAGGGGGCACGGGUGGGGGGUGGCGGAAAGGGCACAUCAAGGGCGACGACCCACGGGAGGAGAUCGCGGAAAGGGGGAGGGAGGGGGAAUAAAG